CGGAAUCGAGCUCAGGAUGACUCUCAAACGCGCUCCAACAUUUCUCUCCGGCGUAAAAGGCGAGCAGACACGUGGAUGAAAAACACUGCCAUCACUGAUACUGGACUGUACGCUUGUUUACGAACACAGAGGCUGAAAAACGAGCUGAAAUUAUUCCCUUUUGCUUCUUUUUGUUUGAAAUAUCUUCGAAAAUUGAUGGGCAGCGACAUCAGCAGGAACAGUAAGAGGACUGGACCAGCUGCUCAGCGUCGAAACAGUCUCGGGUUCCUCUCAAACACGAAGGUCUCCAUCACCCAAAGACUCGGACACUCAGCUGUGUUUUCUCAGCCUGCUUUGGGGCAGGAUGACAGACUGCCCAUCUCCAAAGUCCUGCUGCCUCCAGAGAACGACUCGGAGACAUUGGCCAUUAAGACAGAUCCUCCAACUUUGAUCUCUGUCUUUCUGCCUGAGUUCCCACUGCGCAUGAUGCCUGGACCAGACUCUUUUCAGGUCCAAGGAUUCAUAGCUAAAGGGUCUUAUGGACCCAUAUUGAAAGUGAAGGACUUUUUUCAAGAAAAGAUCUACGCUGUUAAGGUUCUUCCAAAGUCAGAGAUCAUGAAGCGAGGAGUUCUGGAACAGACCAAAGAAGAAGUCAUCAUUCAGCAGCAGCUCAAACAUCCAUUCAUCCAUACUCUGCAGGACUGCUGGCAGACAAAACGCCAUCUCUUCAUUAUGUGCGAUUACUGUGACUUUGGGGACUUGUACACUCACUGGUUACUGAAAGGGAAGUUUGGAGAAGAAGAGGCUCAUCUCUUUGCUGCAGAGUUGGGCAGUGCACUCGGAUUCCUACAUGACUUAGGGAUAAUACAUAGGGAUGUAAAGAUGGAGAACAUUCUUCUAAGUGAUCAAGGUCACCUUCGUCUGUCAGAUUUUGGACUCUCCCGGCGGCUAAAACGAGGAGGAAGAGCAUUUACAAUAUGUGGGACCAUCCUAUACAUGGCUCCUGAAGUCUUGAGUGGGGGUCCAUACAACCAUGCUGCUGACUGGUGGUCUCUUGGCAUUUUGUUGUUCUCACUGGUGAUAGGAGAGUUUCCAGUUUCUGCAGAGCCAGACCACGGCACAAUGCUGAGCAAAGUCAAAGAUUUUCCUUAUUCUAUACCUAAGACUUGCAGUUCUGCUUUGAUUUCACUGCUCUCUGAGCUUUUGUGCAAGAAUCCAGAGAGCCGGCUUCGAAACCUGGAGUGUUUUAAGAUGCAGGCUUUCUUCAGAAGCACUUCAUUUGACUCUCUAAUUCUUCAAAAAAGGCCUGUGAAUGUUAUACUGGAGCUCAGGACUCAUCCCAGCUGGGCAGCUAAAGCAAUGAGAGGCCUUUCACUGGACUAUUUAGACAACUUUGACUGUGAUAAAAUCCUCCACUCUCCCACGACUCCCACUGAAGUGUCUCAGAGUCUGGUCGACAUGGACCUGGGCCCAGGCAAAUAAUAGACUGUUUUUGACUACAGAAGUUGACUGGAAAUGUAAAACUCUUCUGCAAAUGAUCUGUUGUAGUUCACUUAGAUGGUUUUAGAAUUCUUCAUCAUUU